AUGGCCCACCUCGCCGACAAGCUCAAACAACAAGGCAACGAUCUAUUCAAGGCAGGCGACUACGCUGCAGCAGAGGAGCAGUACACGGCCGCAAUCACAAAGUUCUCGCGCAAUCCUCUAUUCUUCACCAACCGCGCACUCGCUCGCAUCCGUCUCCAAAGAUGGCAGGGUGUCAUCGAUGACUGCCUGCACAGCAUCUCCCUCACACCGCACAAUGGCUUCAACUUCAAGUCCUACUUUUACCUCGCUCAGGCUCAACUUGCUCUCCACCAUCCUAAUGAAGCACUGUCUUCGGCCUUGACCGCGUACAACCAGGCUAUGAACCCUCCUCCUGCCGAAGCAAAUAAAGCCACUGCUGCUCUCCCUUCCCUCUCCGAACUAGUCCUCAAAUGCAAGAAAGAAAAGUUCGCAGCCAGAGAACGCGAGCGCAGACGCAAGAGAGGCGAUGUGCUCGCCGAGCUUGAAGAAUCCCUCGAACUCAACAAGCGCAACGAACUCCAAGAAAUCGAAUCUUCACUAUCGUCCUACAGCAUCGGUGUAGUCGAGGCUCAAGAACGCAGACAAGAGAUCUUGGAUACACAUCAGAAGAAGAUCGACGAACUCAAGACUGUGUUUGCUCUGGCAGAUCCUGAGAACCAUCAAACCAGAGAGGUGCCUGAUUACUUGGUCGACACCAUUUCCUUCGAGAUCAUGCAUGAUCCCGUGAUCACUAGGACGGGCCACAGUUACGAGAGAGCGACCCUGCUGGAGCACUUGAAGACCAAUCCUACGGAUCCGCUGACGAGAGAACCAUUGACGGCAAAGGACUUGCGGCCUAAUGUUGCCUUGCGCCAGGUGCUUGAGGAGUUCUGGAAGACGGCUGGGACAUGGGCCAUCGAUUGGUAA